CUACAUAUAAAAUAUACCAUCCUCCCCUCGCCUUCCGCUUCAGUCCUGAGCUUCUACUUCACCCCUGGUCGAGCACAAGUACACCACAAAACGCGACGAGAAGCCUUGCUAGUUGUACGUUCAUAGCCACGACGCACACUAGCUCGGCAUACACACCAUGGGCAUCCUGAACCACCUCUCCCAUCUCUGCAGCUUCACGGACACGAAGGAGGCCCUCAAGCUCCGGAAGAAGCGCCCGCUGAAUACGGUGCACAUCAAGGUGAAGAUGGACUGCGAGGGGUGCGUGCGGCGGGUGAGGAGCGCGGUGAAGUCGAUGCGCGGGGUGACGAGCGUGUCGGUGAUCCCGAAGCAGAGCAAGUGCACGGUGACGGGGUACGUGGAGCCGGCCAACGUGCUGGCGCGGGUGCGGGGCACCGGCAAGAACGCCGAGAUGUGGCCCUACACGCCCUACACCCUCACCUCCUACCCCUACGUCGGCGGCGUCUACGACAAGAAGGCCCCCGCUGGCUUCGUCCGCAGCGCGCCGCAGGCCAUGGCCGACCCCGCCGGGCCCGAGAUCAGGUACAUGACCAUGUUCAGCGACGACAACGCCAACGCAUGCGCCGUCAUGUGACCGAUCAUGCGCCGGCGAGGCCAUCAUGGAUGCAUGCGCUCGUAUGCCUUGUUGCAUGCUAGCUAGUUCAGGGAGCAAAAGGGAAAUAUAUGUGCUACUACCAGUUUGCGAGCUGUUUAUGUCUAUGCAUUUCAGAAGAAGAAACCAUGGUGAAUACAAGUAUAUCAUCACUUCAAAUAUUUAAUUACCAUGGACUGUAAAUUUAGAGUUUUCAAUGAUGUGAAGCGAAGCAGUGUGCAGAUGGUUUCGCAAAAUCAGUGCAAUCAUGUUGCCCCGGCUGACCGUACUCUAAGGAAGAGCAUACGUACUCUGUUUCUGA